GCGUCCUAGAAGACUGACACAGAGUGAGCAAAACACAACACUACAUAAAAUAAUGUCAUUUGUUUUCUUUUCUUAUCAAUUAAUAAUUUAUAUUUCUUUUGCUUUGAAGAGAAUGACAUUGAUGGAGCGACCCUCACAUUAUUAACUGAGAGGAUGACUGAGAGAUUGUUCCCCUCAAUAAAAAGACAAGCUCAGUUCCUUAGGUGCCUUCAGGACCUGAAGUCAUCGUCAUCGUCGUUGUCAUCUUUGUCUUCAUCUUCAUCAACAACAACAACAGAUGAAACCAGACCUCAUGAUGAGCAAACAGCUAGUGCUUCACUGCAGUUUGUUUUCCCCAAAACCCUAAGGAAUGCACUUGACGCGAAGGAUCCAGAGCUUCUGGCCCCUCAGAGAACCAAGAUUAAAUCUGUUCUUAUACAAGCUCUAUAUGACACCCUCAGCAACAAAACUAUGUUUCCCUCAGCCAAACAAUAUACGGAGAUUUUAAGCCGGUUCACACGCAAGUAUCCCUUCAUGCGGGAGAAACUUGGUUCAGGACAUGUGAGUAAGCACAAAAUUAGGCUGUUAGUAUAUGUUCACAUUCAGCUCCAUUGUAAGGAUAUAGCUACUGUAACUCCCCUGUCUUGGUUGCAGGAUGCUUUACAUGACUCUUUAAAAAAACAAAUUCAAAAAGGAAAGGCGACCCCUUAUUGGUGACUCAAUGGUGCAACAAAUGCGUGCAAAAUUUGCUGUGACAGGAUCUGGAAGGAAGGGUAGUUUUCCGGGUCAACCAAGCCAGCUUCUCCACAUCAACAGGCCCACUGCUCAGGAGAGUGAAGAAUGUAGAGAGGAUGAAAGGAGCAUUGAAGCUCAUAUCAAUGAAAUGUCUACAGAGAUGCUUAAGGUACACCCAGAUCUGAACUCUUUAAAGGAGAGAAUGAGACAAACCUAUGCAUACCGAAAGACCUUCAUGGCAACUGCCAAGACAGAGGAAAUCAUCGAAAAGUUUCCCGCACUGAAGCUUCCUAAAAUACUUCUGUGGGAGAUGAAGGAGCAAUUCCUUGUAGAAGCUGAUCGCAGAAUGGUCACAGAGCUAGAUCGAAUGGCAACGAAGAUGGUUCAAAGAGCAUCUAUGUGUGACCUAAAGGACUGCUGCCAGAGGGCAAUCAAUGCCUGCCUGGAUGAUUCAGUAAGACGAGGACUCAUUAGGGAUGCAGCAAUUCUACUGCUGCCUUCCAUUUUCAGAGAGGACUCAUCCUUUCUAUACACUCUACUGGAGGAGCCAAGCGUGCCCACUCCAGCAAUCAUGCUCCAUAACACACACGAGGGGAACCCUUUGCAGGCACAAAGGAUAACCCUAUACCUGGAUGGUAUACAGGUUUUGACUGAGGACAGCAGCAUGGACAUAUCAUAUGCUAUGAGUGCAUUAAUGUCACUCUAUUUUGUUUUUGCUGUCCAGUACCCAAAGGAACUGAGAAAAACUCUUUUUUUCAUUGAAAGAUUUGUGUUGGGGAUCAAGGACCACAGUGUUGUACCCAUUUCAGUGAAGAGACUAUACAACUGUGUCGGAAGUGGGGAGUAGUGAGUAGAUGUGUUGCAGCAUGGGAUUUCAUGCUUUAUGUUCUUGUUAUUGGUCAAAUUCCUGCUGCUGCCCUUUGUUUGUACAUAUUGAUAAAAAAAUAUCCCUUAUUUAAUACAUAUUUUGGACCAAUACAUUUUGUUUGAUUUUGGCAUAGUGACGUCUCUAGAUUUCCAUUAUUGUUACAAUACGUAACAUUUUGAGUACUUGUUACAUAACACUGAAAAGUAUUUCAACAUUAUUGAAAUCAAUGUGAAAACUUUGUGGGAUUCCCUCACUUUCUCAUGAUUCUGUUCCACUGUCACAAUUAGUACAUACAGUAUGUACACUGAUUCUUUUCAUUGGACCAUGCAUUAUUUUAUUGUUUGUAGAUAGCUUACAAUAAGGCGCAGUAAAUGCAGUAAGUGCACCUUGGAUGGAUUGAACUAAAACUAUUUUGUGUCUCUUUCUGCCAUGUCACCAUUGCUGGAGAUUUAUUUACACAAAUUCACCUACUGAGGACAGCAUGAUCUGUCUGGCCUGUCAUGUUGCUGAUUCCACUGGACCUAUGCUGACUUUUGACCUGUUCUCCCCUGGGACCUA